AUGGGUGUCUUCAGCUUAUCCUCCAAGAAUGCGUCCGUCGUAAAGCUUAACGAACCGUCAGCUGCGGCAACAUCUACCCCAACUAAUACCAGUCCCAAAGCCGACGAGAAGCAAGCGGAAACACCGGCAAAGCCAACAACCGCUCGACGACUCUCGCUUCGCCCAUUCUCCUCCAGUUCAAAACACAAGGCCGCUCUGACUGAAAGCCAGGAACACAAGGAGAAAGUGGAUGCAGCGAACGCACUCUCCAAACGCCUCGUAAAGAAUUCCAAUUCGGAGAAACGGGCGAAGGAGUCGGCUUUGAUUGUGAGGACGCUCAUUGUGGGGACAGCAGACGACUAUGGUGCCCCAAAGCUUUCGAAAGCAGUGGCCCGACCACAACUGAGCAAGGUCAAAUCAGAGCUGUUGAAGCCUAAGUCCGCAAACAAAGUCAUUGCACAACUCCGUGCCCUCCCUGUCAUUAACGAGGAAAGCAAAGCUCAAGCGGAUGCCCCGAUCCACGCGGUCUGCCUUGCCCAUACGGAUGCAGAAGAACAGAAGAUUCAUUUUGCGAAGCUUGCAGAGGAGUCAGAAUCCAAAGAUGUUCAGGAUAAACCUGUUCGUAAGAACCCAUUGGAGAAGCUCGCGAAUGCUUUCAGCGAAAUGCACGUCGUCGAUUUGGUGACGGCUCCUGAUCUUGGCCUUGGCCAACCUGGUGAUGGAGAGGGCCUUCUUGCUGGCGCUGUCCCAACGGCAGAAUCUGUACUCAAAGGUUUCGAGCAAAUAACACCACAGUUGAUGGCUCUGGGCUAUGCUACUGGCAAGGCCAUUUACCCAGACCACAAAGGCGUGCAUCCCCCCACCGACAGAAUGUCUGUCUUGACAUAUUGGUGGGGACUGGAAGUCGUUUUGCCGCCUCCAACUCUGGAGUACCUCAGCAACACUCAAUCUAUCUCGGGAACCUUAGUCAACUUUCUGACGGCAUUGUCUCUCGUUAACAAUGGAGUGCGGGAAAUUCUACCAUUUGUUCGAUAUAUCUCGCAGUUUAUUGACUUCGAGUUCAACAUGAUCAAGUCGCAAGACCAAGGACUUGGGGUGGUCUGUGCUUCUACAUGGAUAAUGCCUGCUGCCUUGGUUCCCCGGCCCUGGGAUUUCCCGCCACCAGAUUCGAGUAGCAAAAAGGAUGCAGUGAACCCGGAUCCUGGCGCUAUAAUGGUGAUGCCAGUCAUACCAGAAGGGCCGAAUGGUCCGGCGACUGUAUCGCCUUUGCCCAAGUCGCCAGCGAGCCCCGCCAUUACGCAGCCCUCUCGAAUUGUACCCCCCGUUGUCAUCAACAACACCCAACCCGUGUUGAGACCCGGCAUAUCGCUGUCUUGA